AUGGCCGCCGCUACCACCGCUGCUUCGGCUCAGCAGCCCACCGUCUUUCCCCACAGCCAUGUCGGCUUCGAUAGCAUUACUUCCCAGAUCGAGCGGAAGCUGUUGAAGCGUGGCUUCCAGUUCAACGUCAUGUGUGUUGGACAAACUGGCCUGGGCAAAUCGACUCUCGUCAACACCAUCUUCGCAUCCCACCUGAUCGACUCCAAGGGCCGUCUCACCCCCAAUGAGCCCGUGCGCUCCACCACCGAGAUUCAGACUGUUUCGCAUAUUAUUGAGGAGAACGGCGUGCGUCUCCGUCUGAACAUUGUGGACACACCUGGCUACGGUGACCAGGUCAACAACGACCGAUGCUGGGACCCCAUUGUCAAGUACAUCAAGGAUCAACACUCGGCCUACCUCCGCAAGGAACUCACUGCUCAGCGUGAGCGUUACAUCCAAGAUACCCGUAUUCACUGCUGCUUGUUCUUCAUCCAGCCCUCUGGCCAUGCCCUCAAGCCCAUCGAUAUUGUCGUUUUGAAGAAGCUCUCGGAUGUUGUCAACGUUGUCCCCGUCAUCGCCAAGGCCGAUUCCCUCACCCUUGAAGAGCGUCAGGCAUUCAAAGAGCGGAUCAAGGAGGAGUUCUCUUUCCACAACCUGAAGAUGUACCCUUACGAUAAUGAUGAGCUCGACGAUGAGGAGCGUGCCAUCAAUGCCCAAAUCAAGGAUAUCAUUCCCUUCUCCGUUGUCGGUAGUGAGAAGACCAUUGUCGUCAACGGCAAGCAGGUUCGCGGCCGCCAGAACCGCUGGGGUGUUAUCAACGUCGAGGAUGAGAACCACUGCGAAUUUGUCUACUUGCGCAACUUCUUGACCCGCACCCACCUGCAGGACCUGGUCGAGACCACCAGCCAGAUCCACUACGAGACUUUCCGUGCCAAGCAGCUUCUGGCUCUGAAGGAGAGCAGCGCCGCCGGAGGUGGUGGUCACUCGGCUGGCAGCCGGCCCAUCAGCCCCUCCGCUGAUCGGGAGCUCAGCCGCAACUCUCAACGCGCCGCCAUGAACGGAUACUGA